AUGGCGACCACGAGCGACAUUCGAGACAUCAUGAACUUGGGCCAGGCUGGUCCCCGCCAACCUGCGCCGAAGAAGAAGAAACACAGUGAACCGCAGGUGCGCAUGACGGGCAUCAAUCGCGAAGUCCAAGCUCUUAUGGGCGACUCGGUCCCUCCCAUCGCCAUUGUUGAUCAGUCUCUCUACAAACCUCGACCUUCCCUUGCCCGAUCGUUUGUCCCUAGACAUUGGGAGGAAAAACAGUUUCAACAUGGAGGGCGAGCAGAUGGACUGAUCUUGAAACAUUGGAAGCGUGCUAUCCCCGGGUCAAACCAACGACGUCCCUUGGUUGCUGAUUUGCACAAUUCUGGCGAUGUUGAGAUGAGUGACGAGUCAAAGGCAACUCCAACGGUCCAGGAAUAUUCGUUCGAAGAGGAGUAUCCCUCCCAUAAAUGGAACAUCUCUGUCAGUGUCGCUUCCUAUACCGACGAGCAAUACCAAAACUUCUUAAAGUCGGAGGAGUGGACAAAGGAGGAGACAGACUACUUGAUGGAAUUAUGUCGUGGUUUCGAUCUCCGUUGGCUCCUCAUCGCAGACCGCUACGAUCCAACAGAAAUAUUGCCUUCUACUACAAGUCUGGAGCCUGAGCAUGUAUCAGGUACCGAAGUCAUUCCCCAACCGCAAUAUCCCGUUCGAUCAAUGGAGGCCCUCAAGUCAAGGUACUACGCCAUUGCGGCCAAAAUGCUCGAGAUACACACCCCUGCGAGCACUAUGACUUCAACGGAAUUCCAACUAUGGGAGAAGAUGCGAAACUUCGACGUUAAAACAGAGACCAUGAGGAAAGCCAUGGCGGAGAAGCUAUUCGAACGUACCAAAGAUGAGGCCGACGAAGAGAGAAUCCUCCUGGAGGAGUUGCACCGUAUCACGAAGAACGAGGAUGAUUUCAUCAAAAUGAGACGUGAUCUGUAUGCCAGACUCGAGCCCGUCGCUCCAAUCCGCAGAGGCGAGCGGGGAGAAGAACAGUCUACUGCCAUGUACCAGACAUCUCAAGGAUUGUCCAUGUUAUUGCAAUCGCUGCUUGCAAAGGAAAAGCGAUUGAAACGUCCUCCAGUUCCUGGUGGUGCAGAAGCUGGACCUGCCGCUAAUACACCCGCCGACAAUAAAAGUCACGAAAAAGGCAGACAUAAUACUCAACACAAUCGCCGAGACACCAUUGACACAAACACAGAGGAAAGCGCACCGGGUCCGCAGAAGAAGGGUUCUACUUCGCAGCCGGUUGUACGAGUGCUGACACCUCAAGAAGAAGCCCGCUUUGGUGUCUCCCACCCUACCGAGCGAGUGACCAGUGGAGUCCAAUUUCGUCAUGAAAAGAUUAGUCGUCUGACAAUGGCUAAAAGUCAGACUCAAACAAGCAAAAUCCUGGCUGCGUUGACGGAGCUGGGGAUUCCACCUAGACUUCUGAUGCCUACGGAGAGAGUAUGUCGCGAAUUUGAGCGGCUUACCAGUGAAAUCAAUAUUCUUCUCGAUACAAGAAAGGUCAAUGAAAAGAUCACGACUGAGAUCAAAAUAUUGGAGGAAGCUCGACGGAUCAGAUUGGGCCAGCCGAAGGAGGGCGAACAGGACACAAAUGCCAAAUCAGAUGCUAUGGACGUCGAUUCUUCACAAGUUGUAGAAGAUUCACAACUUGAACAUACUCAGAUCGAGUCACAGCUGGUCGCGGAUGAGGAUCAAGACGCCGAGGGUGAAGAGGAUGUCGUUGAAGACAAGCAAGAUGAAACUCAGCUUGAGACGCAGGAAGAAGACAAGACCAACCUGGAGAAUGAUGGAAGUAAAUUACAGCUUGACGUGGAAGCAGAGAAAGAUGACGAUGAUGAUGCUGAUGGAGACGAGGACGAGGACGACGAGGGAGACACAACUACCAUUACCAAACAAGUCAAUGCUGAUAGUGAUGACGAGGAGGAUGAAGACGAGGAUGAAGAGACAGGAGUGGCCGAAGAGUCUGAGCAGGAAGACGAAGAUGCUGGGGAAGAGAAAGAUGAAGAUGAGGACGAAGAUGAGGAGUCGGAAGAAGACGAUCGACCUCCACUUGGCGUUGACAAUGAUGAGGACGAAGAGGAAGAGGAAGAUGAUGCUGUUGUUGCCGAAACCCCCAGCGUGCAAGAUGCAGAGCAAGACGAUGAAGACGAGGACGAGGAGGAAGAGGAAGAAAACAACGAAUCCGAGGCAGCCGAGGCAGAGGACGAUGCUGAAGACUCAGGCUCUGAUGCUGAAGCCGAAGCUGAAACCCAAUCGGCAGCUCCCGACAAUGCUGAUGAAGAAGCAGAGGAAGACUCUCCCAAUCUGGCACCUGUGAGUGCCGCGGUCCUUGGUGGCGGAAGGGGGCACAAACGUAGUGCUAGUGUCAUUUCCGAAGCCAGUAAAGCCGGCAGCAAUCGCAGUGGGUUGGGGAGGAAGAAGCGCUGA